UGCAUAUCGCUUUCGACCAGCCUCGAUCGAACGAAAUAUAACUACCUGCAGCCAGCUGCCACGCUCUUAGAAAGACGCACACGCAAAACAAACAACAGCUUGAAUUUGAAAGCCAAGCUGCCGAGAGAGACAGAGAGAGAGAGAGAAUCGUGUGUAUCAUUCGUUCAUCGAUGGCGAGGCUUAGGCUGGUCUUGUUUGUCGCCGUCGUCGUGUCCGCGGCGCUCCUGCCGCCGCCCGCCGCCGUCGCGCAGCUGAGGACGGACUACUACGCCAGCACCUGCCCCAACCUCGAGUCCAUCGUCCGGGGCUCCGUCAGGCAGUCCAUGGCGCAGUCCCAGAUCGCCGCGCCCGCCGCGCUCAGGCUCUUCUUCCACGACUGCGCCGUCAUGGGCUGCGACGCGUCGAUCAUGAUCGUGAACUCGACCGGCGACGACGAGUGGCGGAACUCCGCCAACCAGUCGCUCAAGCCGGAUGGGUUCCAGGCCAUUCUGAGCGCCAAGGCCGCCGUGGACAGCAACCAGCAGUGCCAGUACAAGGUGUCGUGCGCGGACAUCAUCGCCCUCGCCGCCAGAGAAGCCGUCUACCUGAGUGGCGGGCCGUACUACCAGGUGGAGCUCGGCCGGUUUGACGGCAGGGUGUCGACCAGAGACAGCGUCCGGCUGCCGAGCGUCAACUUCAACCUCGACCAGCUCAACGCCUUCUUCUCCGGCCUCGGCUUCUCCCAGGCUGAAAUGAUCGCCCUCCUAGGUGCGCACACCCUCGGCGCGGCGGACUGCCCCUUCUUCCAGUACAGGAUCGGUAGCGACCCGAGCAUGGACCAGGGCCUGGCGUCGCAGCUGCGCGGCACCUGCGGCUCCAACCCCAACAGCGGCUUCGCGUUCUUCGACCCCACGCCGGUGAGCUUCGACAACGCCUUCUACCGGAACCUGCAGGGCGGCAGGGGGCUGCUGGGCUCCGACCAGGUGCUGUACAGCGACCAGAGAUCCCGCAGUGCCGUCGACAACUACGUGUCCAACCAGGGCGCCUUCUUCACCGACUUCGUCGCGGCGAUCACCAAGCUCGGCAGGAUCGGAGCCAAGACGGCGGCCACCGGCGAGAUACGCCGCGACUGCCGGUUCCCGAACUAGCGAUCGAGCAGCUGUGGUGUAGUUAGUCGGUUAGCCUUGCUGGCCGGUUCACAUCAUGAUACAUAUAUGUAUAUCAGUAUAUGUACCACAUAUACUACAGUAUAUAAGAGUAUAUACAAGUCUAUGAUGGCUGUAAUUUAUAAUAAGUUGAUUCAGUGGCUUCAUGUCUUUGGCGGUAUCGCCGGACAGCUUUUUGUCCCAAAGAA